CUCCGUUGUCUGUUUUACUCACAUCCCUGAAGCGAGUAAGCACAGUGUUUGAAUUGGCAGGUAAAGCGGUCUAAGUUCAAUGAACUUUAAUGAAUUACAAGUGAAGCGCGAGCGUCCGGUCAUUUGUCUCACCCAGUGUCGCGAGCAAUGCUGAGGUAAACCGCCGCCACUUUGUGAACUCAGCUCAGACUGCUGGCAAGCUAGCACUGGCUAGCUUAGCCUCUCAUAACAACAAUGUCUGGUCUUCCACUAAAUAACUUGAAGGAGCAGCUGGCGAGGCACAGCAAUGCUGCUCAGAGCAAGCUGUCUCUGGCUAAACCUAAACCGGGGGCCUUUUCUUUCAAAAAGAAGUCCUCAUCAGGUACAACUAAGGUGGAAGUCCUGACCAAGGUAAUCUCCUCUAAUGUUUUGGCAAACAGGAAUGUCAAUGUCCCUAAGAACCCUUUGGUGACUCAGUCUCCUUUUUUAAACAAGCUUGAGAGACCUCAAAAAUCCCAAUUCAACAGCUUCUUCCCUGUAAGUUCAAAAGGCACAUCGGACUCCAUCAGCCCAGCAGGUAACUGUGCUCCUGCAGGCCAGACUCCUUCAGCAGUGUCCGUUACUAAGGUGAAAACAGCUUCAACUAAAUCUGACAAUCAGUUCACUAGUAGCAAUGGAGACAACUCCACAAGUCUGGAUACAUCUCUGGGAUUCACAUUAGACGACUGGGAUGAUUUUGAUGACUUUGAAACUCCUGUCAAAGCAAAAAAUGACUCAUUCAGUUCAGAAAUAUCUGGGAAGAGUGCCAAUCCAGGAUCAUCUUUUAGUGAAGAAAAAACACAGUUCGCAGGGAAAUUAAACCAUGAUGUCUCUCUUAUAACACCGGAGUUGAGCACUGGUUUUGCAAAGAAGAAGGGCCUUUCCACAAGUGAACAGUCUUGUAUGAAGACAGAUAAACGUGAGCACACAGUCAACAAAACUGCAGCUUCUGUAGGACCUAGUUUAAAUCAGGACCCAGCAGAGUUUGAACACCAGGAUUCUCCUGUUAGAAGGCCCAGAAGAAAUCUUCCUGCUCCUGUAACCUCUGUCUUCAGUGACAGUGAAGAGGACAACAGUGAUGUGAUUGAGCCUCUAAAAGAAAGGACAGAUAAUAAAAAAUGUAUUGACCCAAAGGCAAUACAGCUUUGUGACAAUUCAGAGCCUGAAGAUGAUUUUGAUUACAUUCCCCCUUCUCCGAUCCCUGAUGACAUCUCUUACAACACUUCUACAAAGGAGACCAGAUCUAAAUCAGCUGGUGCUGAAAGCCGAGAAAGUCCUGUGCAAUCAAAGGGACCCAUCACGACACUACCCGAACCCUCUGAUCAACACUCAAAGGACAAAAUAAAUGAGCAACUCUUCAGUAUCAUGGAGUCAAUUUGUUCUCUGGUUGAUUCCAUCCCUGAACAUGAACUAAUAGCUCUGUCAUAUGGAGAUGAGCUUUUGCUGAAGAGGGCUCAACGGAAGAGGAUUCUUGCAACAGGUGGUGGCGGUUUACUAAAGAUGCAGCAGCCAGACAGCACUGUGCUUUCUGAACCCAGCUUUAAAGAAAAGACUUCUCUCAGCUGUGAUUCAUCAAAUGUUAUGUCAUGUAGCACCUCUUUGUCUGUGCACUCCAAAAAGCCUCCUCAGAUCAGGCGAUCUUCAGUCAUCUCUGUGGACAAUGACUCUGAUCACUCUGACAGUAUUAUUAUCACAGAGCCUUUGCACAGUAAAAACAGUGGGACCAUGUAUGUAAAGAGUCAGAGCACCUGUGACUCUCCAUCAACCCACAGCCUCACAAAUCCAUCCCUUGAUUUGUUGAAGAAAACGAGUACAGACCUGGAUGAUUCAGAUCUCUUCUUCUCUCCCAAAAAGCUGCAGACUGUUGUUCAGAACAAACCUAAAACCCCAGCAACUGUUUCAGCAGCACAAGACAUAGAACUAGAUGACUUUUACAAUGACUACUUUGACAUAGAUGACUUCAAUGACUCAGAUAUCCCUGAUUACUAUGACGAACCCCCAAACUCCAGCACCGUGACUAGAACAGUGAAAGAGGGGGGACCAAGUAAGUCUUUGUGGGAGAAGAAACCAUCAACACCUGCUCCCACACCCAAGCCGUCAAAGAUCUGCUCACCUGAGCCCACUUUCAGAAACCCGGCCCAUGAUCGCUUCAGAGGGUUCAAUUUCCCCCACUCACAGGAGAUGAUGAAGAUCUUUCACAAGCGUUUUGGUCUUCAUCAUUUCAGGUUCAAUCAACUGGAAGCAAUUAAUGCAACAAUUCUGGCGGAGGACACUUUCGUUUUGAUGCCCACAGGUGGAGGUAAAAGCUUGUGCUAUCAGCUGCCUGCCUGCGUGUCACCGGGAGUCACUGUGGUCAUUUCUCCCCUCAAAUCACUCAUUGUAGACCAGAUCCAGAAACUCACUACACUAGAUAUCCCAGCAACAAGCCUGUCUGGUAAUGUAAGUGAGACAGAAGCAGGCAGGAUUUAUAUGCAGCUCUCCAGGAAAGACCCCAUCAUUAAACUUCUCUAUGUCACUCCUGAAAAAUUGAGUUUAAGUAACAAGCUGAUCUCUGCCCUGCACAACCUGUAUGAGCGAGGCCUUUUGGCGCGUUUCGUCAUAGAUGAGGCCCAUUGUGUCAGUCAGUGGGGUCACGAUUUCCGCCCAGACUACAAGAAGUUGCAUGAACUGCGUCAGAAGUUCCCCAACGUGCCGAUGAUGGCCCUGACAGCCACCGCCACCCCGCGUGUUCAGAAAGACAUCCUGAACCAGCUGAAUAUGACUCGGCCGCAGGUGUUCACCAUGAGCUUCAACAGAACAAACCUGAAGUACGCUGUCCUGCCCAAGAAACCCAAAAAGGUUGACGAGGACUGCAUUAACUGGAUCAAGAAGCACUACCCACGUGACUCUGGCAUCGUGUACUGCCUGUCCCGUAACGACUGUGAUGCCUUGGCUGAGAGUCUGCAGAGAGCAAAGAUAUUGGCGCUGGCGUAUCACGCAGGACUGAGUGACGGUGACAGAGAAUACGUGCAGAGCAAGUGGAUCAACCAGGAUGGCUGCCAGGUCAUCUGUGCCACCAUAGCCUUUGGCAUGGGCAUCGAUAAGCCUGAUGUGCGCUAUGUGAUCCAUGCCAGUCUGCCUAAGUCAGUGGAGGGUUACUACCAGGAGUCUGGGAGAGCUGGCAGAGAUGGAGAGAUCUCUCACUGUAUUCUUUUCUACUCCUACACAGACGUUCACCGCAUCAAGAGGAUUAUCAGCAUGGACAGAGAAGGUGACAGACACACCAAGGCUACUCAUUACAACAACCUCCACAGCAUGGUGCACUUCUGUGAGAACAUGAUGGAGUGCAGAAGAAUUCAGCUGCUCGCUUACUUUGGAGAGAUGAAGUUCAACAAAAGCUUCUGUAAGGAGCACGCAGACGUCAGCUGUGACAAUUGCGCCAAACCCAACCAAUACAAGAUGAGAAAUGUCAGUGAAGACGUGAAGAAGAUUGUGAGGUUUGUCCAGGAGAAUUGUGAGAAAGUCGGAGCAAAGUUUGGCAGGACCGCUCAGCAAAACCGACUGACAUUGAAUAUGCUAGUGGACAUCUUUGUAGGCUCUAAAUCUGCCAAGAUACAGACAGGGAUGUUUGGGAUGGGAGGAGCCUACUCGCGGCAUAAUGCUGACCGUCUCUUCAAAAAGCUGGUGCUGGACAACGUCCUGGUGGAGGACCUCUACAUCACAAACAACGGCCAAGCUGUGGCGUAUGUCUCUGCUGGACCCAAAGCCAUGAAUGUGCUAUCUGGACACAUGCAGGUGGAGUUCUAUGAGACAGAGAGUGCAUCCAGCAUCAGGAAACAUAAAUCUGCUGUGGCCAAGAACGUCUCCCAGAGAGAGGAGAAGGUUCAGCAGUGUCUGAACGAGCUGACGGAUCUGUGCAAGCAGCUGGGGAAAGCGUUUGGCCUUCACUAUUACAACAUCUUCUCCACUGCCACCUUGAAAAAGAUAUCUGAAAAGCUUUCUUCUGACCCCGAAGUCCUCUUACAAAUCGAUGGUGUGACAGAAGACAAACUGGAGAAGUACGGAGCUGAAGUCAUUCAGGUCCUACAGAAAUACUCUGAGUGGCAGCUGCCUGAGGAACAACAGACUGACAACGGUGGAGACGGGUGGAUCGACACAGCACAAGGCCGCACAUAUGGAGACUCUGAUGAUGACACAGAGUCCUCCACGUACUUCAGUAAGCAGGCUACACAGGGACAGAAGAGAAAGAAAGCUCCAUUCUUCAAAUAUGCCAAGAAGAAAAAAGCAUACGGCAACACAAGUUCCAACUCUAAAGGACGUGGCUAUAGCAGCAAUAAAUCGUUCUCAUCGUACAGCUAUAGAGGUGGAUCAAAAGCUGCAGGCCGGGGGUCAAGGAGCUCAGCAGGAGAUGCAUCAACAGGCAGGACACCAGGCAUCCUGACCACCCCAACCCCUCAAACCAGUGACAGACCCUUCCUAAAACCAACCUUUUCAUACUUGGACUAAGGCCUUCUUCUGGAUCUGGCUUUCUGGGAUAACAGACUACUUUUUUCAGACCAAGUUGAUUUACCAGUUACAUGCAACUGUUCAUUGAAACUGCUAGAAGUGUACAUAUUUAUGUUGUUUAGAUUUUGUAUUGAUUGUUGUAAAUUGUGACUUUUCACUGACUAUUUUCAUGCAAUUGUUUUUAAAGAUUUUUUUUAUAUUAAAUAUUAA